AUGAGAACUAGUUUUAGUUCCCCCAUAGAGCAUAAUAACAGGGAAACUAAAAACUUUGACAGCCUUGAGAAGAAUUAUAACUUAAUGACAAAGGAGUAUGAACAGAUAGCAAACAUAAACGUAAGUAAUAAUAUUGCCCACUUUAGAAUAAUUAAGAAUGUUUUAAUUUUAAAUGAUGUAAUAGAUAAAGUGAAUAUACAGCAUGUGGUAAAUACAUUUGAGAACAUAGAUGGCAAAUUACUAUUAAUAUUAAAAAAGAAUAAUUACAAUUUUAUUUUAAAAUUAUUAUCAACGUUUUAUGUAAAACUUUGUACAUAUGCAAACUAUAGUAUUAAUGAACAUUAUAAUAAUAUAUUCGAAGUAACGUUAAAUAAAAAUUUUGCAAACUUUCCCAGUGAAGUAAAAGCUGUGCAUGAAAAUUUGCUCAAAAAUGCUAUUCUCCUACUCUCCUUAAUUCUGGCUCAAGUGCAUUCAAAAGUGAUACCCCACGUGGUUACUCUGGUUGACUAUUCGAGAAAAAUAAGAAAAUCAGAAGAUACCCAACUGAGAUAUUUUUACUACCGAUAUAUUAAUGAGUUAAUAAAAAGUUCAGCAACAAAUUCAAUAGAAUGUGAAAAGAUUUACAAGCUAGUGAAAAAAGAAUUUAAUGAAAAGAAAGACAUAAUAAUAUAUAGUGCAAUUAAAUGCCUUACAAAUUUGUUUAUAGCCCAUCCUGAAUAUUCCAUUAUAGAAUAUGAAUAUUUUAUAAAUUAUGUUAUAGACAGCAUAUGUCUAAAUAGCAAAUUGAGUAUUUUGAAUAUUAAAUAUAUUGUCAAGCUGUUUAGCGUACUAUUUUGUAAUUGUGCUAAUGUGAAAUACAGAAAAAAUAGCGACUAUAUUUUGGUUAAAAAAAAUGAAGGCGAAAAUUUAGAUGAUUCGUUAUCAUCAUCUAAUGUACAAAAAAAAAAAAAAAAAAGUACUUGUGACAAUAAUAAACAAGGACCUUUAAGUGAAAAUAAUAAUUACAAUGAUAAGAAUUACAAGUAUGAGAAAAAAGAAGAUGAUGAGAACAAAAAAAAUUAUUUUUUUUCGGACUUUUUAAAAAUUGCAACAGAUGAAAUAGUUUCAAAAAUUAAUAAAAUAAAAAUAGACGAAAAGGAGGAGGAGAAUUAUAUUAAAGCAGACACUAUCGAAGGGUUUUUAUUUAUGAAUAAUAACGAUUUUAAUAAAAAAAUAGUUAGAAAAAAAAAAAAUUAUUUGUACGUUUAUAAUUUUCCAUCAUUUCUAGUAUAUUUUAAGAAGAUACUUUUAAAUAUAUUCACAGAUACACAUCAUGACUACUCAGUAUUGAGAAGAAUGCAUUUUUGGAAAAAAUUAGAAAAAUACAAUUAUUUUGGGAAAGUAUCACCUAACGAAGAUUCAUAUAUAAAACGUUCUAAAAAUUAUAAUUUUAUGAGAAGGCGGAAAAGUAUAACAAAAAUAGGAAGUGCAGUAGACACUACAGAUAAGGAGGUGCUUAUUAACUUUCUCUUAGAGAAGGAUCACAAGUUAAUGAUAGAAAAAGAAGAAGCCAAUUAUGAUGAUGAGUCAAACCUAUCUGCAGAGCAAAAACGUUUUCUUAAAUCAUAUAAUAUGUUAAUUCGAAAUACAUUAUUAAGGUGUAUUUUUUUAGAAUCAUUUAAAAAUUUAUUGUUUUUUUCUAAAAAAUUUACUGCAAAAAGUAUUAUAAAAAUUAUAAAUUUUUUUUUAAGUACUCUAGAUAUUGUGAGUGCAAAUUGUGCUAAAAGGAAAGAUGCAAAAAUGCCUUUAUACACAAAUAAUAUAUCAAAUAGUCUUGAAAUAAAGCAUUUGAUAUAUUACUUUACUACAACUAUUAGUCACCUGAUUGUUCAUAGAAAGAAGGACAUGUACACGAUAGUUAAGGAGAAGGAAAAUAAGUCAGAACUAAAUGAGCAGUACACAGGGGAUGUGAUACAUUACGCCGACAGUUCGAAGAACACUGAUGCGUAUGAUGAUGGGGAAGACAAGUUAAAUCUAGAGGAUGAACAGACUGUAGCAGAUGAGCAGAAUGAAAAUAUAUUUACCAAAGUUAAUCAGGUUGAUGAUAAAUGCACUGCGCAGAAUUACUCUUUAGAAAAAGGGAAGAACCAUAUGGAAGACGACGAAAAGGAGCUAAAAUAUGAUAUGCAGAAAAAAGAAGCGUUAAAUAAACAGACGAGGGGUUACAGUGGAUUCUCUAUGGAUGAUCAGUUAACAAAGAGUACUUCACGAAAUGCAGGUGAUAACUCUUCUGCUGCUCAACAUUGCAAUUAUCAGUGCCAAGGAAACAGUGGUACCAAUGAAGACCAUCAUGCUGAAAAAGGGAUAACCCUCUCAAACCUCAAUGACCACAAGGAGGAAGCAAAAACGGUAAAAAAAAAUAAAAAUAUGAACAAAGGUGGAAUCGUAAGCGGAGGUAGAAGCGGAAGCAAACAUGCAAGCAGAGACCAGAAUGGUGAAAACCCUCCCAGAGAUUCCAGCAUAAGAAUAUUCAUAGAAAAACAGGUGAGGCGCUUUCUAAUCCUAAACAAUGAUAUGAAUUUGGAUGUGAAUGAAAAGAAAAAGAAUGAUGUUAUUUUAAAAGCGUUAAUCCUUUUAUACAAUAAGAUAAUAAUAAAUAAUAAUAAUAUAAAAAAAGAUAAAUAUGAAAAGUAUGAAAACUUUUUAAAAACGAUAAUAAAUAAUGUGAAUGGCAUUCACAUCGAUAUAGAUUUGGUAAGACAUAUCAUACAUACAUUUUUGAGCGUUUUUCUAAAAUUUCCAUAUUAUAUAUACAGUUUAAUAACCUUAUUAGUAAAUUACAUAACAAUAGUUAACGCAAAUUUUAUGACUUCUUUAACAUUAAAUACAUUUGAUGAUAUAGAAAAACAAGUAAGUAUAUUGAUAAUUAGUUCUGUGUCGUUAAAACAAAUCUUAUAUCACUCUUCAAGCUUUUAUAAAAUAUAUCAUUUAAAUAAUUUAAUAUUUUGUAUAUUUGAUAUAUGCAAACUGUUUCUAUCAAAAGUUCAAACGCAUCCACUUAAAACAAUUAACGAGUUGAGAAGAAUAAUAUCGUUUACAUUAAUUCAUUCAAUUCUUUCCAUAAUUAUUUAUGAAGUAAUAAGUAAUGACUGUUACAAAUUAAAUGAUGAUGAGUACAUGUUAGUAAGUGCAAAUAAGAGGAAUAUCCAUUCGAGUAGCACAUCCUUAAUAAGCAAUAUGAUGAACUAUUUUAAUAAACAAAAAGUUUUAUAUGAUAAUGUUAUUUUUAAACUACUAACUGAUGUUCUGAAUGAAAUACUAAGUGAAAUGGAUGAGGAAAAACUUGAAUGUUUUAUUAACAGCUAUGAAGAACAAAUUAAAAAAAAGAAAAUGAACUCUUAUAAUUUUUUUAUAGUAGAUAAUCUUUUCAUUUUAGUAUACAUUUUGAAAUGUAUACAUAUAAUUCUUUCAUCAGACAUGUUGACAUAUCUCUAUUUCGAUUAUAUUUACAAAAUUGUAAACAAGUUGUUCCACUUUUUACGUAAAAUAUAUCAAGUGAACUAUGAAUAUUAUAAUAGCGAAUCUUAUGAAGAACAAAUCAAUAACAUUAACGACAUAGAUAUAAAAAAAAAAAUAAAAAGGGACAGAGGUAAUUCGACUUGUAAUUAUUUUAAAAGAGAAAGUAAUAUAUUUUAUUUCUUUGAAUAUGGUUUUACUCAAAUAUGUAGGUUAAUAAACAUCGAAAAUAUACUCCUUAUUUUUUUUAUAUAUAUGCUUGCAAUUUUGUACAAAAUUACUAUUUUUUUGAGGGUAAUUUUGGGAACCUCCCUGAACAGUGCAGAAAAAGUGGGGCAAAGAAAUGUAGACGAGCUGGGGAUAAACGGAAACGUAGAAAAAAGUAAACCAACUCGUCAUGUUAAGAAGCAGAUAGGUUCAAAUAAGGAGAUUUAUAAUGACAAGGAGAUGUGUAAUAACAGGGAGAUUUAUAAUAACAAGGAGAUGUGUAAUAACAGGGAGAUUUAUAAUAACAAGGAGAUGUGUAAUAACAGGGAGAUUUAUAAUAACAAGGAGAUGUGUAAUAACAGGGAGAUGUGUAAUAACAAGGAGAUGUAUAAUAAUAUGGAGAUGUAUAAUAAUAUGGAGAUAGGUUCUAUUAUUGAGAUGGAUUCAAAUAGCGAGAUGGGUUCCAAUAGUGAGAUGGGCUCCAGUAGUAAGAUAGUCUCCGAUAACAAAAUGGGAAUCAAUAGAAAGAUGGAUUCUACCAAUGAUCCCCUUUCUUGCAAAUAUUAUAACAGUAGUAAUUCCAAAUAUGUAAUUCAAAAUGACAAGCGGCUGCUUUCAAUAUAUGAAGCGUUGAUAGAAGCUAAAGCAAAUGAAGAAACGUAUUUUAAGUUUUUCUUGAAUCAUUUAAUUAAUUUUGUAAAGAAUAAAGAUAAGGAAGCAUUCAAUAAUUUUGUAGUUAACAUCUUAGAAAGACGUGAAAUGAAUUCCAAGUCGAAUAUACGUAUAACUACGAGUAGCUGUAAAAGAAAGAAAUGUCUGCUUGAACAUAUAAAUGAACUAGACAUAUUAAACAUUUUAACCAACAAUUAUGAUACAUAUUAUGAACUCACUUUGCUAAAUUUUAUAAGGUUGUUUAAGGUAUAUUUAGAAAAGAAAAAAUAUUAUUGUAGAAUAAUUAAAAAUGUAUACAGGUGCAUUUUAAACAUAGAUUUAAACGAAAACGAGUUGAUCAUGUACUUGCUCAUAUUUGAUGAACUUUUAAAAACGAAAUUUUAUAAUAAUAAAAAAGUGAAGUUAUUUAAAAGUAUGCUACCAGUAUUUAAUGCUAUAAACAAUCAUUUUAAUAAUCAUAGUAAUAAUAUUGGAAAUAAUAGAGGGAAUAAUAUUGGAAAUAAUAGAGGCAAUAAUAUUGGUAAUAAUAAUAGCAAUAAUAGCAAUAGUUAUAAUCUUCUCAUCGUUCUGACGGUAAAAAAUAUGGCACACUUCAUAUGUAAUGACCAUAAUAUUGAUUCUUUUAUUUUCAUGUAUAUUAUGAAGUUAUAUCAAAAGUAUUCAAAUCAAAUGUGUGAGGAGGGUCAUAACAUAUGUGUUGUUAUUUCCAUUAUAUUAAAAAAUGUUAUCUUGUCUUAUAAUAAAAUAAAAGAUGGAAUUUCCAUAGAUGGAGUAAUUAAAUAUAAGUAUUUAGAAGUAAUUAGAAGCAUUUCAUCUCGGAACAAUAGAAAAACAAAUUUGAUAUAUGGCAAUAUCCAUGGCGAUACUUAUGGAAGUACCCAUGGCGGUUACUUACAUAAUAAGAGUAAAUAUGAUCCUUUUUUAAAUAAAAAUAAAAAACCCAGAUUAUUACAUUCUAUGAUGAAAUCACAUUCUCUAGGAAAUUUUAGAAUUUUAGAUUUAGGUCAUGUUAUUAAUAGUUUAGAAAUAAUGAGUUGGCAUAAAAACAAAAGAAGAAAGAAACAUCCUUAUGGUGAUAAGAAUAAUAACGAUGUAGAAGAUGACAAGGAUUAUGAAUCAGCUGUAAGUGGAGAUAAGAAACAAAAUGACAAAUCAGAUAUGCUUGAAGUAGUAAAUGGUAAACAUUUUAAUGAUAAAAAAACAAAAAUGUUUGAAUAUUUUGACAUCCUUCUGAACAUGUUAAGGAUAAUACCGAACAGGAAAAAUGUAUUUACAACUGUGUUAAGGAACUUUAGUACGGUUGUAAAGAAAUUACAUCAUUGCAUUAAUUUUUGCAGAGUAAAAAGUUGUUUAGAAGUCGUGCUAGCAUAUAUAUUAAAGAACGACAAUGUUGAUGCGUAUACCUUUAAAAUUAAGAGGGGAACAAACGUUAUAAGGUUGUUCAACAGUUUGUUGAGUGUCCUAAUACGGAAAAAGAAAAGGAACAGAAGUAGGAAUGGAAUGAAGGGGAAUAGAAUGAAGAGGAAUAGAAAGGGGAGGAAUAGAAAGAGGAGGAAUGCGAAAAAGUUUACACAGAUGACAAAGAUGGCAACUGCGAAAAGAAAUGAGAAAAAACGUGGAAAAGUAUUCAGACGGAUUGAAGGUAAAAUACUUUUUAUUUUUGAAAUAUUGAUAAAUUCGUAUGAAAAGAAAAUAAACAUGUCCUUAUUUUGUACUAUUAACCAUAUAUUUGGUUUAUUCAAAAUGAGCAAGUUGAAAAAGUUUAUUUAUAAAAUAUCUGUAAUUAUGCAGAAAAAUAUUUUUUUUUCAAAUAGUGAAAGAGUUAUGAAAUGUUCUAUACGUUGCUUGGGAAAGCUAUUGAAAAAGAAUAUUAUAAUACCGUUACAUGAAAAUUUUGAUUAUUAUUUUUUGGUAAUAUAUAAUAUGCAUAAUACUAAGAAGUUAGACAGAUAUUUUCUGAACAUUUUAAAAUUAAGAAUUUUGAAAUAUGCUUUUUUUAAUGUUAAUCAGUGGAUUAAACUGUUUGUAAGUAUUUUAAAUAUUAGAAAUAUUUUCCUUUAUGAUAUUAUAAAAUGUAAAUCUAAGGAUACCUUCUCCAAAUAUGACUACAAAGAUGGGAACAAUAAUGGGAACAAUGAUGGACGCAUUGAUGGAAACAGUGGUGGAAGCAAUGAUGGAAGUAACUAUGGGGGGAAUGCUGCAAGUUGUAACGAGGAAAACAGAGCAGAUAAAAAGGAGGGUAAACAUUCGUAUGAACAUAUGAAUAGGCAAGAAAAUAACUUGUUAUCAAAUGAAGGACCAUUAAACGAGAACAAUAAAAAUAAUAGUUAUAGUAGUUACUUCCAUUUUUAUACCUCUUUAUUCAAUGAAAAUUUGAAUUUUUCUACUCAUAUAAAUUUGAAUGAAGAAAAAAAUAUUAUAAAAAGUAGUUGUAUAAAAAAUAAGAAAGCAAAAUACUUUUUCAAUGUUUUUAAAACAGGAAAAAAUGAUUUUACUUUUUCCUACGACACAAAACUACUAGUGAUGAAAUUACUGUUAUUCUUUUUGAGGAAGUUAAGUACCUCACCUUAUAUUUACAUCCACAAUGAUGCAUAUUACGGAAAUUACAUGAAAAGGCGUUUGAAGGAGCUUAUUUUAGAAAGCGGAAAAAGCUCCGACAAGAGAAGGUAUCAUCGUGGUAGCAGCAGUAGUAGAAGUAGUACUAGUAGUAGUCGAAGUUGCAGAAGUAGGCGCAGUAGUAGCUACCACUGCAGUACUGUAGACGUAGGUUAUGCAUCACUUGCAGGGGAGAACGAACGUGCAAAUGUCUGCGGUAAAGUAAGUGGUAAAGUUAGGGGCAAAGUUAGGGGCAAAGUUAGGGGCAAAGUUCAAGAUCAUAUUCAAGGCAAAGUCCACGGUACAGCCCUUGGCAGAGAUAGUAAACACGUACAUGUGCAGAGCGACAGCGAUUACCGUGGAUGUUGUAAAGGGAAGAAUAAACCCAAAGAAGAUAAUGACGAUAUAUUCAGCAAAAUUAAUUACAUUGAACAAAUAUUAAUAUGCAAAAGAGAUACAAAUAAUGGUACUAGAAUGAAGGAAAAGCAGCUGAAAGACUUAGAGAAAGAAAGCAUCAUUGAAAAUUUUUCUUUAUAUCAUAAUUUUGAAUCAUUGUUAAAUGUUAUUUUACAGAAUGUAAAUAAUGGAAUAAAAUUCUAUAAAUUGUCAAGGUAUGCUAUAAAAGUAUUAAGUGUAUAUUUGAAUAUUUUUAAGUCUUCAAAAAUACUUAUUGAUGAUUUUUGUAAAAGCAGUGAAAUCAGGUUACUCACGAAUUAUGAAAUCAAUAUAUUCACUUCUCUGAAAAUGUAUUAUGAAUCUUUUAAUUUUAUGUGUAUAAAUUUUAAGGAUCAGAAAUAUAGUCUUGGUAGGUAUAAUUCAAAUGGCACGAGUAAUAAAGGCUCGGAAUAUUUUCAGCUCUCACAUUUUUUUUUGUACCCCCUAAUGGAUAUAUACAAUUUGUUUCUAUUACUUAACGAUAUUAAGCUGUAUAAUUCUAAUGUAAAAUUUGAAGAAGACUUUUUCUAUUUUGCAAUGAAAAAAGAAUGCAUUGAUGUGAAGAGGCAGGUGUAUGAACAUAGUAGUUACACAAAAAAGCAUUUAAUUACUAAUGAGAUAGACAAUUCUGUUAAAGAGAGCGUUGAUAAUUUUAGCUGUUGUAGUAGUAGCAGUAGUAGUACUACUACGAUAUUGAAGGAAAGAAGGACUCCCCUGUAUUCUUCUUUAUUUUUUUCAGAGUUCGAUUCUUGUGUUUAUUAUCUCAUUUCGUACAAAUCUUUUUGCCACUACAUAAUAAAUAACGAGAAAGCUCAAAAUAAAUUGUCCAUAUUUAAUAUAAAAUCAGUCGUAAAAAUAGUUAAUUAUAUUUUAUAUGACAGUGUUAUUUUAUAUAUGUGGUCAUUCAUUGAUUGUAAUGAAGAGGAUGAUUUUUUGAAUAAUAAUGUACAUAAAUUUUUUACCUGUAUAAAUGAAAAGGCCCGAAGUCUAUCCAUUUUUUAUUUUACAUCCUUCCCUAUAUUUGUAAAAUUCUUGAACGUUGUAAGAGAAUAUGUUAUAUUGAAUAAAAAGAAUUACCGUAUUUUUAAAAUAUUAAUUUUCUUCAUUUGUUAUCAUUUGAAAGAAUAUAACAAGUCGUUAAAGGAGGACACCAAAGAGGUUUACCUAACCUUCAUUUUGAAUUACCUAUGUUUGCUUGUAUUUGCCGAAGGGUUAUCGUAUAAUACAACGGAAUAUACCGCUGAUCCCGGAGAAAUACCAAAAAAGGAUGAAAACAAUGAGAAUGAAAAUAUGAAUAAAACGAUAGAACGCAAGAUUGGAGUAAAACCCUCCCAGGGGGGUAGUAACAAUUACAUUGACAAGAAAAUUGUACCAGGUAAUAAAACUCGCCAAUCUGAAUACGCCCCUGGUAGUAAUUAUGCUCAUAAAAUGAAAGGAGAUUCCCUCUUUUUUUUUAGAUUAAUUUUAGAUUAUAUAUUAAAACAUUUGAUGAAAUGUAUAAGUGAAAAUAAUGUAGUACGCGUUUUAGAAUUUUUAUCAGUCGUUAAUAAUGAACUAAUAAUUAAUGAGAAAGUUAAAGAAGCACAUGAUCUGACUGUAAGCAAAAUAUUCACUUUAAGUAUCUUUCUAGUGAACAAAUUUUUAACUAAAAAAAAUACUACUACAGAUAGGGGAAAAAAAAUAUCCAUUUUGCUCUGGCAUACUCUAUUAAACUGUUUCAUCAUAAUAGAAAAAGUAAAAGAUUUAAAAUUAAAAAAGAACAUUAAGUUAUUACAAAAAAAAAUGUUCUUAAAAAAAAUGAAUUUGUUGGUGGAGGAGAAAUUGUCCAGCAGAUUGCUAAGACAUUUUUUUGAGAAUUCUUCUAUAAAUGAUUUAAAUAGCUAUUUAGAACAAAUGAAAAAGUAUGAAGAAGAGACUAUUACUAUUAUAAAUGAAAGAGAUUUACAGAGACUAAAAAUAUUUUACAUUAAAAUAAUUGUGUACAUUCAUUUUGUUUCUACAACUGAUAUGUUAAGUAGGAAAAGCAAGCUAUAUUACACGCAGCAGAUUUUGCAGCUGUUUAUACAUUUCUCGAAUACCAUGAAAAUGUUGUAUCUCUAUGGUGAAGUUAGCAUUAGCAGCGGUAAAACUAACAGCAGAGGUAGAACUAACAGCAGAGGUAGAACUAACCACAGCUGCAGAACUAACAGAUUUAAUCAUAGCCACAAGUAUGCAACUGAUGAGUGUGCAAAUGAGGAGAGGAACGGAAAAAAGCAAAUAAUCCUUUCAGCGUUAAAUAUUAUUCAGAACAUCAUAAUCCAAAUUAAGGAUAAAGAAGACUCACUUGUUUUUUACUUUAUUUAUAACCUAACUAAGAAUAAUAUUCUACCCGUAAUAAUAAGCAAGGGGUUAAUAGACAAUAUUAAAUAUGAUGAGUUAUUUCCAUGUAAUUCAUGUAUAGAAGAAAUAGUGUGUCAUUCUAUAAAAAUUUUAAAUACCCUUUUUGACGUAUUUAUAAACAAUGAAGUGAUAAUGAGGAUAAUAUUAAUUCCUUUCAUCAGUUUUAUAUACAACAUUAUACAUAUAUGUAAACAAGACUAUAUAUUAAUUACAAAAGGAUUUUUAAUAUAUCAAUUAGACGAAGAAAAAAUAACAAGUAUGUUAAAAAGUCACAGUGAAAGUAUGUAUUUGCAUAAUAAUCUGAUCAAGUCUAAUUUUAUUCCUUCGGAUAAUAAUCACAUGACUAUUUAUUUUAAAGAGGUCAUUAACAUAUUCAGAAAUAUUGCCUUUAAAAACUCAUCAUUUUUCAAACAAAUUCUUACCGAUAUAAAUUCGGAUGAAAAGUUGUUAAUAUAUAAUUUAAUGAAAGAAUCAAUUGAUACAGAGAAAAAGACGGAAUUAAAAAAUAAACAGAAUAGUGAAAAGCUAGAUUUCAGUUUUUUGAAUUAG